UCCAUUCUUUAUUACAUAUAAAUAUAGAGAGGUAUAUAGGUAUAAAAAUCAUAUCGUUGUGAAAAGAUACUUUUGAAAGUUGAACACAAUGUUAGAAACACAAUUUUCCUUGUCGUGGGAGCAACAUAUGUUUAACAUAAGUCACGGUUUAAGUAAAUUCCGCCAGAAUGGUGAAUUUGUGGAUAUGACUUUAGCAGCUGAUGGAUACUUCUUAAAAGCUCAUCAAAUGAUACUGUCCCUUGUUAGCCCAUAUAUCAAAGAUAUCAUAGCUUCAUUACAAUGCACACACCCUGUUAUAUUUUUAGAUAAUGUAUCAUAUAAAACUUUAUGCUCAAUAUUAGAUUAUGUAUAUAAAGGAGAAGUACAAGUUACAAAAGAACAACUAGAUGAUUUAAUAAAAGUCGGCAAAGUAUUACAGAUCAAAGGAUUACAAGAAAUGACGUCACAAACAACAUCCUCAAAUUUACCAUCAAAUUUAAUUGAUCCUAGUGUCAUAGUAGACUCAAAUAGUUCAGAAGAUAAAGAUGAUCCAUUACAGACCAAAGUAGAAACUUUAGAGGAAUCAGAGGAGCAAUUUAGCAUGACAGAUGAUCUGACAAAAAAUGAAUUUAAUAAUAAUCAAGAUCUUUUUGAAAAGGAUGUUGAAUUACAAUUAGAAUGUAAUGACGGAAAAGUGAAUGAUCCAGCUAUGUCCCAGAUAGCUUGCAGUAGUAAUUCUAACAAUGCUGAUAAUUCUUCUUUCAUUAUCAAUCAAGAUAGCAAUGAUUUUCCAACUCCUUUCUUCACAAUAUCAAAUCAGGGCUCGUUGCAGUUGGUAUUAAAUAGGCACUUAUAUUUUCUUAAAUAUAAAAGUACAAGUGCAUCUGGUCAUUCACAAUGGAAGUGCGUAAACUACAUCAACACGAAGUGUCCCGCAUAUGUAAUUACUAAAAAUGAUAAGGUUAUCCAAAGGCAUAUUAGACAUGCGCAUCCAUACCACGAUAUCAAGAUCGCUAAGAAAGUUGCAUCUGGUGAAAUGUUUUCUAGUAUGAGUAACGCUGAAGAAUUUGCAAAAACGAAAAAGGAUUCUAAAUCUAGAUAUAAUAGAGGGAAGAAAAAUUAUACAGAAUAACAGAAAAUCUUGGUCAUUUUUUUUUCACAUUUAAUAUAAGCACUGUUACUCAUAAUACAUAUUAUGUUUAUUUAGUGAAGUAAAUUAAUAGCUGGUAAAUGUUCCACUGCUUGGCUAACACCUGCCCUCCUUUCGAGGUUUUUCCACCACUCUGCUCCAAUUCGAAUUGUGGAUACUUGUGUGGCAGAAUAUCAUCAAUUUGACAUAAAAACAAAUGCAGUUUUGCACACAAUGUUUUCCUUCAAGACCGAGCAGGUAAUGAAUUACAAACAUAAAUGAAGCAAAUAAAAAUUCAGCGGUGCUUGGCUUGAACCCGUAACAGUCGGUUUAGAGGCACGCGUUCCAGCCAUUGCGCCAUCUCGGCUCUAUAAAAUAUUAGUAACCCAUUGUCAUAUGUCCUAACUUUAUUUAAACAGUUCAAUAAAGUUCAGACAGGAAACCUGUAUGACACUUUAAGGUCUACAAGCAACUGCAUGAGUUGUAGGUACAUACAAUAAGGUUUAAUUAAAAUUGAGAAUUAUGA